CUCUUUGUAAAGCCCUUUCUCAUGUAAACCCUAAUCUCCAUGGCCGAGACCAAUGGAGAGCCCCAUUCCGAAACCCUAGAUCCCGAAUCCAAUCCCUUACGUCCCUCGAAGCGCAAGGCCGAUCCCACUUCCCUCGAGGAAGGGGAAGGCGAGCGAGCGAAGAAGCAUCAGAUGACUGAGUUAGCCUCUGAUCCCGCAACUCAAACCCUAGACGGAGCCAACGAAGAUGACGGCCGUCAAGAGGCCGAGAAGGAAGCCGCCGACGCUGACGAGGAUCGGACAGUCACUGUCGUUAAGGGGAAGGGAGAGCUGACCGCGGUGGACAAGGGCAAAGGGAUAAUGGUGGAGGAGGAAGAAGAGGAGGAAGGGGAGGACGAUGAUGAGGACAGCAAUGACAGUAGCGAUGUGGACACUGGCGACGAGAUUGGUGAGGAGGGGGAUGAUGACAGCGAUUUCGUCGAUGAUCCACUGGCGGAGGUGGAUCUGGAGAAUAUCCUUCCUUCGAGGACCCGGCGACGGGAGCCACCGCCACCCGGGGCUUAUUUCGACCCCGUUCAGGAUGAAGAUGACAGCGACGAGAGCGAGUAAGACAAGAUGCUGUUAGAAGAGAUAAAGAGAUUCAAGCUUAUCAGCAAAGUGAAGCUGCAGAAUAUUCCAAUGUAAAUUGGAGCAAGUUUUGGCAUCAAGCAUUGAGGCUGAACAAAAUGGGGGCAGCCUAAACCAGAGGAGCAUGCAGAUGCAUUUUCUUUAAUGGUGAGGAUGCAUCAGAGAGAAGAGACUGCUCUUUUGUAUUUUGGGGUGGGGGGUUUCGUUGGAGGUUUUGAUUUUUAACAGAUAUCAUCUGCAGGAACUUUGUCUGCAUAGUUUCUCUAUGGACUUGUAAUUAUCUUAAGUAGUUGCAAUGGCUUUUAGACAAACCUUUAUUGGACUAUCAUUGGCAUUAAGUAGAGGGCUAUCUAAUGUAUUUACAUGCUCUAUGUGUAGUAAUUAUUGUAGGUGAUAUAGUAGUUAUUUGUAAUCAAUAGAUGAUUAUUCCUAUCUUUUCCUUGUUGAUGGUAUAUACAUAUCAUAAUUACCUAUUGAUUAAACAUUUGUACAAUCUCCAUCUCUUCAAUUGUUGAUAUUGGAUCCAGAGAUUUACUUCGUUAAAGAAUGGACUUCUUAUGUUAAAUUCAAUUGUUCCAGAAGCUGUACAUACGAUUCAUACAUCGUAUGAAGAGGCUCACUAUAUUUCUAGGGAGGUUUUAAUCUUUGCUGUACCUACAGAACAUGUUGUCUUCUAGAUGAGGUAGGGCCAGAUGCGGUGAUGGCUGUUAAGGUUGUCAUGUUUUAUGCAUGGCUGCCCUAGGUUUAUGCUUCUAUCAGCCUUGUGAUCUGGUAGCACAUUAUGGGGUUGAUUGAUAUAUUGUUAUAAAUCUAAAUCAAUUUGUUAAUCAAAUUACUGCUUCCAUUUUCAUGCAAUGAUUUUUUUAUCAAACAUAUGACAAACUUUGCUGUUACUUUU